AACGGACAUAUAUGUAUAAGGAUUGUUAAAAAUGGCAGAAGGGGCAACAGAAACAGAAUGGCGAAAGGAGGGCUAUCUCAAACAACAAGAAAAAGGGUUGUUUGGUGAGAAGGAUAAGAUGCGUUGGUGUGUCGUUGAAAAGAAUAAAUUUCGGAUCUACAAGAAACCUAAGGAAACUCAGUUCAAAGAGUUUUGUCUAGAAAACUGCGAGUUUAGACAUAUAAAGGGCACGGAGAAGUAUGACCAUGAACGGAUUUUCCAACUCAUUUGUGAUGAAAAGACAACGUUAACAUUCAUUGCCUCAACAGAAGAUUAUCUACAUUGGAAGGAUGCAGUUAUUAGAGGGAAAAUGUGUAUGACUCUUCAAUGUUUUAUGGAUUCUCGAGAUAGAAAUAAUGAACGUCGCAUUGUGCUUCUUGGAAAAACAGGCAAUGGCAAAAGCGCAACAGGAAAUUCUAUUCUUGGCGACGAUAUCUUUCUAUCGGCUUUGAGAAAUAUAUCAGUUACAAAGAAGUGCAGUCGUGUUGCUCGAAAAAGAUUUGGAAUAUUUUUGGAAAUCAUCGAUACUCCAGGUCUUUAUGAUACGGAAAUGUCGAACGAAGAAACCAUCAAAGAAAUUGUGAAAUGCAUCGGUUUGUCAGCUCCCGGUCCACAUGCUUUUUUGCUCGUUUUAAAAGCCACGUCACGAUUUACAGAGGAAGAGGAGAAUGCUUUGAAGAAAUUUGUUAACCACUUUGGGGACGCCAUUUACCAGUAUUUCAUUAUUGUCUUUACGGGCAAAGACCAAAUGGAUGAGGAAAAUAUCACAACAUCAAGUUUCCUAGAACAAGUUCCCAGAAAUUUGAAGGAGUUGCUUUCGAGAUGUAGUAAUAGAUACUUUUUCUUAAAUAAUAAAGAUAGUGAUGGAAACAAAACAAAGCAGGUUUUGGAAUUGCUUAAUGUUAUUCACAAUAACUUGGGUAACAACAAUUGGUCAUUUUACUCCAAUGAAGAUUAUGAAAAGGCUACUGAAGCUCUGAAUAAAAGAGUUGAAGAGAUACGAAAAAAAAUGGAGGAAGAGCAUCAAAGAGAAAAAGAACGUAUUGAAAAGAAGGUGAGAGAAGAAAUCAAAAAGCAGAUGGAGGAUCAAAAUGCAAGUGAUAAGGAGAAAGAAGCGCAAAUCAAAAAGAUACAUGAAAAAUACGAUGCUUUACUAAAAAAACACGCUGAAGACAAAGAAAGUAGCGAAAGUAGCCAACCUGUUGAGAUUGCCAAAAAAGAAAUUGAAGAAGAAAAUAAGGAAAAUUUUCUACAGAAAGCAGUUUCGCAUUUAGAAAAUGCAGGCCAUUCUAUCGUAAGCGGUAUUGGUGCAGUUGGCCAGGAACUUGCAAAACAGCCUGGAAAACUUCUUUCAUUGCUUGGUUGGUGAAAUUUAGGUGGAUCCAUGAAUAUAGUGGAUGAAAUGUUAUACAUGAACUCAUUUUGAUGAACAGUAUGAAAUUGUCUUCAACUUAAUUAUAGGACGGUUCCUUGGAUUUUUUGUACCCUUAUUUUUUGCUUUACUGGUCAGAAACCAGAAGAGCUUAUGCGAUUGUAAGGUGUCCGUCCGUCUGUCUGUCUAGUGUCUGUCUGGCUGUCCCUCUGUCUGUAAACAAUUGCUACUCUGUGAAAUUCCUUUAAAACGCUACUCUUCCUACAGUUUUGGUCUGAUUUCAAUAUAACUUGGCACACACGUAGACUGCAUAAGAUACAUAAUUAAGUGCAUCGGUUUUUUGAUUUCGAUGAACGAUGUUGCCAUGGUUACUAAAAAUAGAAAUUUCUGUGAAAUUCCUUUAAAACGCUACUCCUCCUACAGAUCUAGAUUUGGUCUGAUGGCAAUGGCUUCUUUUCUCUUUCAACCGUUCACGGUAGCUCAGUCGGUAGAGCGCUCGCUCCGUGAUCGGGAGGUCGUGAGUUCGUAUCUCGGCCGCGACCGACCUAGUCGUUAAAAUGGGUAGCAACUGUUCCUUCGCCAUGCGCUCGGCACUUUGAAGUGAAAGUUGCGGGUCCUUCGGAUGAGACCUUAAAAACCGAGGCCCCGUGUCAGCGGCAGGCGUUGGCACGAUAAAGAUCCCUCACUGCUCAAUGGCCCUGAGUGCCGAGUAAAGGUCAAAAUUUGAAGCCCUUCACCGGCAUACGGUGACGUCUCCAUAUGAGUGAAAAAUUCUCGAGAGGGACGUUAAACAAUAUACAAUCAAUCAAUCUUUUCUCUUCCUUUGUAGUAAGUACAAACCAGUAGAGCUACAGUCUUGGCAGAGACUUCUGGUUUUAUUUUCGUGAAUGAUGUAUCAAUAUCAUGAAAUUGAUGAUAUAAAGAAAAUAAUUAUGAAUACAGGAUGAAUAUAAAAUUGGCGCACGUGCUGUUUAUUCUUUUGAAAAUAUC